UAUAUAUAUAUAUAUAUAUAUAUAUAUAUAUUUACAUCAUGGCAUUGCUAUUGAAAGGAAAAAAAAUUAUUAUUUUCUUUCUGUCAAUAUAUAUAUCAAGUAUGACAUUACAAAAAUGAAAGGUUGAUCGAAGUAGUUAGGAUUUGAGCAUCUGUCUGACACUGAUUAGUUCUUCCCAACUAAUCGAAGCGAUUUGAGUAGAAGCUUAUCUUCAGCUCCUCGGCGAUAAACCUCAACUCAUCUCAUUUGAGGUAAAACACCAAAAAAAUGUCUUCGAGUUUAUAUGAAAUGAAUAUGAGGUCUGGUGGUGCAGAUCUAGCCACUGCUAUAGUACCUUUACUGAAGCUCCUCUGUUUAACAGUCAUAGGACUACUUCUUGCAAACCCUAGAAUGCAAUUCAUCCCAAGAGCCACAUUCAAACUCCUAAGUAAACUCGUUUUCGCUCUCUUCUUACCAUGUCUUAUAUUCACUGAGCUUGGUGAAAGCAUUACUCUUAAAAAUUUCGUGGAUUGGUGGUUUAUCCCUGUUAAUGUUCUUGUGAGUACAGCUCUUGGUUGUUUAAUCGGCUUCUUAGUUGUCGUUAUAUGCCGUCCGCCUCCGCAGUUAACUCGGUUCACUAUUAUCAUGACAGGAUUUGGUAAUACUGGUAAUCUCCCCCUUGCUGUUGUUGGAUCUGUUUGUCAUACUAAAGAUAAUCCAUUUGGGGAGCAUUGUAACACUAGAGGUGUUGCUUAUGUUUCUUUUUCUCAAUGGGUUGCUGUUAUUCUUGUUUAUACUCUUGUUUAUCAUAUGAUGGAGCCUCCUAUGGAGUAUUAUGAGAUAGUUGAGGAAGGUGCUGAAAUUGAAAUCGAGGAAGAACGGGCGCUUAACGAUAUUAGUAGACCAUUACUUGUUGAAGCUGAGUGGCCUGGAAUGGAGGAUAAGGAGACUGAACAUUCUAAGACACCUUUCAUUGCUAGGGUCUUUAAGAGCCUUUCGGGAAUUUCUUCGUCCGCGAUUCCUGAUCUUGAAGUCACGGUUGAAAACAGCGGGGCGAACAGUCCGAGGUCGAUUAGGUGUUUGGCUGAGCCUAGAGUUGUUAGGAGGAUUAGAAUUGUUGCUGAACAAACUCCACUUCAGCAUAUACUUCAACCACCAACAAUUGCAUCUCUGUUAGCUAUCAUAAUCGGCACGGUACCUCAAUUGAAAGCUUUGUUCUUUGGAUACGAUGCACCGUUAUCCUUCAUUACAGACAGUUUGGAGAUUGUCGGCGGCGCGAUGGUGCCUUCAGUGAUGCUUAUAUUAGGAGGCAUGCUUGCUGAAGGACCAAAUGAGUCAAGACUUGGACUUAGAACUACAAUUGGUAUAGUUGUGGCAAGGCUAUUAGUGCUUCCUGUUCUUGGUAUUGGGAUUAUUGCGUUGUCGGAUAAGAUGAAUUUCUUGAUUGAAAAUGAUGCUAUGUUUAGGUUUGUGCUUUUGUUGCAGUACACAUCACCUAGUGCUAUAUUAUUGGGAGCAAUUGCUAGUUUGAGGGGUUAUGCAGUUAGUGAAGCUUCAGCACUUCUCUUCUGGCAGCAUGUUUUCGCACUUUUCUCCCUUUCAUUCUACAUUGUAAUCUACUUCAGAAUAAUUGUGUAUAUCUGAAGUUGCGUUACAUACGGCAUUUUACUACCUUGACAUUAUGGGGUAGUUGGUUAGAAGAUUGUAUAAAUUGUUGUUCGGUUGUCUAAUAUUGGACUUGGAGGUACUAUGACAAUAUAAAAUUGUUAACUUUAUUGGUUUGGCAUUGAUGAAAUAUGCAAAUAUUGUUGUUCCAGUGA